AUGCCGCCCACACGUCUGAAGAGGGUUCUACCGCAUCACGAGAAGAUACAACUCCUGGAUUUGCUCAGAGAAGGGAAAAGUUAUGCCGAAGUAGCCCGCCAUUAUGAGCUCAACGAGAGUACCGUGCGCUACAUAAAGAAGAGGGAGAUGAAAAUAAGGAUGUCUCACACAGAACAGUUGGAGAUGAAGGAACCUCUUGAUGAAGAAACAAGAGGGCAGAAGGACACUGAUGCUGGGCAGCCUACUUGCAACGUCUCAGAGAGAUGCUUACGCAGCUUCAAAGUGUACGACGUUCUCCCAAGCCCAACUAACUUGCAGCGCUGGGGAUUAGCAAACACUGCAGAAUGCAAGCUGUGUCAGAAGAAAGCCACCCUAAAGCACAUCCUCAGUUGCUGCCCAAAGGCCUUGGGGGAAGGGCGGCACCGUUGGCAUCACGACCAGGUUCUCAAGGCCCUGGCCAAUACGCUUAGCACAGCUAUUACUAACUGCAGGAUUGGAAACUCCCAAGUCGACCUGGGGAGACAACUCAAGUUCCCAGAAAACAUCCUGGGCACUUCACUCCGCCUAGACAUGGUGAUAACAUCAGAGGCAACAAAGCAAGUGGUCCUAGUUAAGCUUACUGUCCCCUGGGAAGACAGACUGGAGGAGGCCAAUGAACGUAAGAGGGCGAAAUAUGCGGAGUUGGUAACUGAGUGCCGGAGCAAUGGCUGGAAAGCCCGCUGCCAACCAGUUGAGAAAAAGCCUCAAGAUGGCUAUGGAUCCGGAUGGGGGAUCCUUGGAGUAGCAGGCCACUUGGACACAAGUAGCAGUGAGUGUACAGACGUCGCUCCCCAACCCCAAGUCUCCACUGAAAAGACGAAAAGAAAAAGACACCCAAACCUGCCUGACACGUCAUCAGCUACAACAGAUGUGGACGAAGCAGAAAUAGAAGUAGUAGUAGUAGAAGAAGAGGACAGAGAGCAAGAUGAAGAAUAUAAUGCCAAAAAAGCAAAGACACAAACAGACAGUCCAACAAUACAGAUAAAAGCAGAAUCCCAGUUGCCAUCUCAAGACUACUCUGCAGAGGAUGCAGAGCACGUGUAUGACAAGCAUAUUUGCCAGACGUGCCAACGCUGUUUCAAGAUGCGCUCCCAUCUUCAAGAGCACCUCCUAUCGCAUUUUCCCGACCAGGGUUUGCAGUGUCCAACUUGCGAGCGCUUCUUCAGCAGCAGGAGCAAAUUGCGUGUGCACCAGCUUCGCGAAGAGGGCAAAAAAGACCACCAUUGCCACUUAUGCGAGUACUCUGCAGUGGAACACAAUGCCAUCCGCCGUCACCUCAUCACGGUCCACGCUGACGAAAUGGAAGAAGAUCCGGCGCGCCACCGCUAUCCGUGUAUCACUUGCGGGAAGAGCUUUGGGCAAAGCGGGUCGCUAAAGGCUCACAUGAAGACUCACCAUGUCCGAGCACACAAGACGGCAGUGAAGUGCUUCCACGACGGUUGUCCUUUCCGGAGUCAUUUGCGCAGAGUUCACAUGCGACACUUCGAAGAGGAGCACGGGACAGCAGGGGUGGGAUGUCGCCAUCACACCUGUGUCGCAGUUUUUCCCAGUAAGAAGCACAUGGAGGAUCACUUCAAGACCCACCUUGCUUACCACUGCUCGCAGUGCGAUUUUUCAUGUUCCAACAAAGCUGCCUUCCUUCAGCAUCAACGGCAGGGCCACAACGGCAGUGAAAAGCUCUGCUGUGAGUUUUGUGACUAUUUUACAUUUAACCCAGUGGAACUCAAACGGCAUAUUUGGCACUUGCAUUCCAACGAGAAGACCCACCGCUGCUCACUGUGUAGCUACAUGACCUCACACAAAACUUCUUUGACCCGACACAUGCUGACGCACAAUGAUGAGAAGCCCUACAAGUGUCAGUUGUGUGACUUCCGGUGCCGAGACGAGUCUUACCUCUCCAAACAUAUGAUCACACACUCGGGUGAAAGAAACUUUUUGUGUGAAGAAUGUGGAUACGUCACCAAGUGGAAGCACUAUCUGAACAUCCACAUGAGGAAACAUGCAGGAGAUCUCAGGUAUGAGUGUGAUCAGUGCUCGUAUCGCUGUCAUCGCAUGGACCAGCUCAACAGCCACAAACUAAGACAUCAAUCCAAAUCCCUUAUGUGUGAAAUCUGUGCCUAUGCAUGCAAGCGCAAAUGUGAGCUUCGCAAUCACAUGUUGGCCAAGCAUUCUGUUGAAGGAAAUUCAGCAUCCGUGCAUAAGUGCAAAUACUGUGAAUACACAACAUGUUUUAAGCAAGCCCUUCAAAACCACGAGAACUGUAAACACACAAGACUGAAACAGUACUACUGCGCUCUCUGUCCCUAUUUCUCGUUCAGUAGCAUUAGCCUCUUCCUGCACAAAAAGAAAACGCACGGCUAUGUGCCUGGUGACAAGGCUUGGCUGGAGAAUUAUGCCGCAAAAGACAGGGAGAGAAACUCAAAGACCGUACUACGGGACUCCGUGAUGAGUUAUGAGGGUUCUGGAAUGACCACUGAAGUAUGCAUUCCAAUGGAACAGUCCAAUCCUGAUGCUCCAGUAGCUGAGAUUGCAGGUGAAGCUCAUUCCCAAGCUGGGCCGUCACUGGAUGCUGAUAGUUUAAUGAUUAAGGAGGGGACCAGUGAAGGAAUAUCACAUAGUCCUCAACCUGGAGCCAGCCCAGAAUAUUGCACUCUUGUUUUAACAACAUUGACCCCUGACUGUGAAACUAUUUUUUUGCCAAACGAAGACUCAACUUCUGACAUUAUGCCGAGUAACACCGAUUCAGCUAAUGAAAAAGAAGCCAUCUUUUUGUCAACAAUCUCGUCAAAAGAAGAUGAGGUAACCACUGUUCGUGAUGGAGAAAAUAGUUUGUGUGGCUCUGACACUGCAAUUCCAGAUACUCCACCUGAGAAGAAUCGCAAUAUAAAUCCUACAAAAAUACAAGCUGAAGCUCUUGUUUUGGAUGGCAGGAUCCAAUUGCUUGCAGUCCCAACUCAAGAUGUUUAUCGUUGUGAUCAGUGCUCUUAUGUCACUAAGAAAGAGAAGACUCUUCAGCGUCACCGUCGGGCUUUGUGUCGCGGUAGGCAACAGCGUCUCAAAUGCCAGGCCUGUGGUACCCAGUUCAAACAGAGACGGAGAUUUGAUGACCACCUUGCAAACAAGUGCCCAAAAACAUUUAUUGGGAAGGCAGCCAAACAGAUAGAAGACAACUCUAUUGCAAGUCAGGAAACUUGUGAAAAAGUUGCGAAAGUUCCCUCACAACCAACGGGAAUUUCAGCUGAGGUAAAUCAUCUUGAUGGCCGGAUUGAUAGUGCCUCAACAGCCAGUGAGCUAGAGAGUAAUCAAAAUCGAGAUGGAGACAAAUCGGUGUCCAGAAACUUAACAAAUACCGGGAAAUUCAAGUGCAACUUUUGUAGUUUUUCAUCAGUGAAGCUCGCAACAGUUAAUAGACACAUUUUCAGUUGCCAAAAACGAGAAAAAAACGCUCAAAAAGUUGGUGGAAAACAAAAAGUUGAGAAAGGAUAUGUGUCUGAGAGCAGACCGGGAAUCGCUUUACCCCUCCAGGAGAAGACCGAUGUAGUCCAGAGCCCUACUUGUGCAUCGAAGCCAACGCACUUAGACCAAAAAUCUGUCGCGCAAGAUGGACGCAAAGCACAAAACCAAAAUGGCUCUAUUUCUCCUCAUACAUGCCGCUACUGUUCUUUCACUACCUCCAGGCGUUACCGUUUGGAAGAGCACGAGUCCCUUCACACAGGAAGUGGACGUCAUGCCUGCGACAUCUGUGACAAGACCUUCGGAGCGGCGACCAAGCUUCGCCAGCACAAGGUGCGCAUACAUCAUGGAAAACCGCCUCUGCCAUGCAGCUUUUGCGACUACUGCGGUUACACGGCAGAUGACGUGAGGCGACACACUCGCAGGUGCCACACGGGGGACUCUCAUCACAACUGCACCGAUUGCGAAGCUUGCUUCAGUUCGAAAGCGGCUCUGAGAAACCACCGCAAACGAGCACAUCAGCUGCGACCUCGUUUUGCCUGCGAGCAAUGCAACUAUGUUUGCAACAGUGAGACCAUACUGAGGAAACACCAACAGAGCGAGCACCGUGAAACUUUCAAGGUCAAAGUAGAUCGGAGAAUCCACCUCACCCAUGAGUGUCAGCUCUGCUCCUUCACUGGAAAAAGCAAGCAGCUCCUCUCACAGCACCUCCUUGACGAACACGAGGAGUCCUCUCUGGAUAAACCGUUACAAUGCGGAAGCUGCACAUUUACUUGUCGGCACGCACUAGUGUUGGAACAGCACCUGCGCUCGCAUGGAGGCAAACGUGUGUACAAGUGCACAGAUUGCAAGUACUCGACAGGCAACAAGCAAAAGAUCACCUGGCAUGUUCGCAUUCACACGGGGGAGAAGCCAUACCGGUGUGAGCACUGUAGCUACACCUGUGUCGAUCCCUCAAGGCUGAAGCUUCAUAUGAGGGUUCACCAAGAUGAGAAAAAGUACCUUUGUCCUGAAUGUGGCUACAAAUGCAAGUGGGCCACUCAACUGAAGUACCACAUGACCAAGCAUACUGGAGAGAAGCCGUUUACCUGCGACCAGUGUGAAUACCGUACUAACCGAGCGGAUGCUCUCCGUGCCCACCAGACCACACAGCACUGCGAUGUACGCGCCUUCGUCUGUGAGAAAUGUGGCAAAGCAUUCAAGACCAACUUUAUUUUGAAGACCCACCAGCGGCAGCAUGGCGACCAGAGGUCGUACGCAUGCGGCGUGUGCCACAAGGCCUUUCGCUGGCCUGCUGGCCUCAGGCACCACUUCCUGACCCACACAAAGGAGCUGCCAUUUCGCUGUUGCCAUUGUUCAUAUAGAGCAAAGCAGAGGUUUCAGGUGGUCAAACAUUUGCAGAGGCACCACCCGGGGACUUCGGUGGAGCAAGGGGUAGAGAGGGACUCGGACAUCGGCGGCCUCACCCUGAAGACUGCUAUGCAGGGAACACUGAAUGAUAUAGUCUGA